AUUCACUUUCUUUUCCAUUUCCGUUUACACUUUCCCUUCCCUCCCAAUUUCCAUCACAGCGAAAAUGAGGUUACUCCUCCUCCUCCUCUUCCUCCUUCUUCACAUUUCCCACUCCUAUGCCGCCGGCGCCGCCGCAAGAGCCGUUACGGAGCUUAGCGCACUUAUCGCUGUUAAAUCCUCCAUUACCGACGACCCUCAAUCUUACCUCUCAAACUGGAAUGCAAACACUCCCCUUUGUUCAUUCGCCGGAGUCGCGUGCGAUUUAACCGGUCGUCACGUGACAUCCAUCGAUUUAACUAACUUCACUCUGUCCGGAACUCUUUCCCCCUCGCUUGCCCACCUCCGUUUCCUCCAAAACCUCUCCGUCGCCGCCAACGAUCUCUCCGGUCCUAUCCCGACGGAGCUCGCCGUCCUAUCCAAUCUCCGUUACCUAAACCUUUCCAACAAUGUUUUCAAUGGUUCCUUUCCUACCCAGCUUUCCCAGCUGAAAAAUCUUCAGAUACUCGAUUUAUACAACAAUAACAUGACGGGGGAGUUGCCGGUUUCCGUCACGGAGCUUCCCAAUUUGCGUCACUUGCAUUUGGGAGGGAACUAUUUCAGCGGUCAGAUCCCGUCAAGUUACGGCCGUUGGGAGCAUCUUGAAUAUUUAGCCGUUUCGGGUAACGAACUCAGCGGUAAAAUCCCACCCGAAAUUGGAAACUUAACGAAGCUGAAGCAGUUGUACAUUGGUUACUUCAAUAGUUUCGAAGGUGGUUUGCCGCCGGAGAUCGGGAACUUGUCGGAACUCGUUCUUUUUGACGCCGCUAACUGCAUGUUAUCCGGUGAAAUACCCCCGGAGGUCGGUAAGUUGCAGAGGCUCCACACGUUGUUCCUCCAGGUGAAUGCACUGUCUGGCUCCUUAACUCCCGAGCUGGGAACCUUAAACAGCUUGAAAUCCAUGGAUUUAUCGAACAAUAUGUUUACCGGUGAGAUUCCGGCGAGUUUCGCUCAGCUCAAAAACUUGACUCUUCUCAAUCUUUUCAGAAACAAGCUCCACGGACAGAUUCCUGACUUCAUUGGUGAGUUGCCUGAGUUGGAGGUCUUACAGCUGUGGGAAAAUAACUUCACCGGAAGCAUUCCUCAGAAGUUGGGCAGUAACAAAAAGCUUCAAGUUCUAGAUCUUUCGUCGAACAAGUUAACGGGGACUUUGCCGCCGGACAUGUGCUCAGGCAACACGUUGCAAACGUUGAUUACUUUGGGUAACUUCUUGCUUGGUCCAAUCCCAGAAUCGCUGGGGAAAUGUGAGUCACUCAGUCGGAUUCGUAUGGGUGAAAAUUAUCUCAACGGGUCCAUCCCUAAAGGCCUUUUGGGAUUACCACAGCUUACACAAGUUGAGUUACAGGAUAACUAUCUAACAGGGGAGUUCCCGGUCACUGAUUCUUCCAUUUCCGUGAAUCUCGGCCAAAUCAGCUUAUCCAACAACCAACUUUCUGGGGCUUUACCGGCUAGCGUCGGUAACUUUUCCGGUGUUCAAAAGCUUCUUCUCGAUGGCAACAAGUUUUCGGGUCCAAUCCCAGCUGAGAUUGGAAAGUUGCAGCAACUUUCAAAGAUUGAUUUCAGUCAUAACAAGUUUUCAGGAUUGAUCCCACCAGAAAUUUGCAAAUGCAAGCUGUUAACCUUUGUUGAUCUUAGUCGAAACGAGCUUUCCGGUCAAAUUCCGACUGAGAUCACAAGUAUGAGGAUAUUAAACUACCUGAAUCUGUCGAGAAAUCAUCUCCUGGGUAGUAUCCCUUCUUCAAUAUCCACUAUGCAAAGCUUAACUUCCGUCGAUUUCUCGUAUAACAAUCUCUCCGGUUUGGUUCCUGGCAGUGGUCAGUUUAGUUACUUCAACUACACCUCAUUUUUGGGGAACCCUGAGCUGUGUGGUCAUUAUUUGGGGCCUUGCAAAGAUGGGGUUGCUAAAGGAACUCAUGAAACUCAUGUUAAAGGUGGACUCUCUGCAUCUUUGAAGCUUUUGCUUGUAAUAGGCCUGCUUGUCUUCUCCAUCUUGUUCGCAGUCGCAGCUAUAAUCAAAGCACGGUCCUUGAAGAAAGCGAGCGAUGCUCGGGCUUGGAAGUUAACCGUGUUCCAGCGCUUGGAUUUCACUUGUGAUGAUGUUUUGGAUUGUUUGAAAGAGGAUAACAUUAUAGGCAAAGGAGGUGCUGGGAUUGUGUACAAGGGAUCCAUGGCUAGUGGUGACCAGGUCGCCGUUAAAAGGUUACCGGCUAUGAGCCGAGGGUCUUCCCAUGAUCAUGGAUUCAAUGCUGAGAUACAAACUCUGGGGAGGAUUAGGCACAGGCAUAUUGUGAGACUGUUGGGUUUUUGCUCAAAUCAUGAAACCAAUCUCUUGGUUUAUGAAUAUAUGCCUAAUGGGAGUUUAGGAGAGGUUCUUCAUGGGAAGAAAGGGGGUCAUUUGCACUGGGAUACCAGAUACAAGAUCGCGGUCGAGGCGGCUAAGGGACUAUGCUACCUUCAUCAUGAUUGUUCCCCUUUGAUAGUCCACCGGGAUGUGAAAUCGAACAAUAUCCUCCUCGACUCAGAGUUUGAAGCCCAUGUUGCUGAUUUUGGCCUUGCUAAAUUCUUGCAAGAUUCUGGCACUUCCGAAUGCAUGUCCGCCGUAGCUGGUUCAUACGGUUACAUAGCUCCAGAAUACGCCUACACACUGAAGGUAGACGAGAAGAGUGACGUGUAUAGCUUUGGUGUAGUCCUGUUAGAACUAGUCUGUGGCAGAAAACCGGUAGGGGAGUUCGGUGACGGAGUCGAUAUCGUUCAAUGGGUUCGAAAAAUGACAGACUCAAGCAAAGAAAGUGUCCUCAAAGUCCUUGAUCCCAGACUCCCAUCAGUUCCUCUCCAGGAAGUGAUGCACGUAUUCUACGUCGCCAUGCUUUGUGUCGAAGAACAAGCCGUAGAGCGACCGACGAUGAGGGAAGUGGUUCAAAUCCUAACCGAACUCCCAAAACCACCAAACUCGAAAGAGGGAGACACCACAAUCAAUGAGCCCCCAACAUCACCAUCACCAGACACAACUCUAGACUCACCUACAACAACAAUCACAAAGGACCCAAAAGACCAGCAACAACAGCCCCCAGCACCUAAAUCAACACCACCUGAUCUUCUUAGCAUUUAAGGUUGGGUUGUAGUUUUAUUACUACUUUCUGUUCUUUUGCUCUAACUUUAAGGUGUUUAAAUGUUUGAUGCUUUUUUGUUUUGUUUUGUACAGUAGGAUUGGUGGGCAGGUAUUUUGUUUUAUAAAAAAAGCUAUUUUUCUUUCAUCAUGCUGUACUGCGGUCUGCAAAUGCUCUGCUGCUGCUUUUUUUUUCCCUUCUGUUUUAUCAGUUUAUGAAACAGCUGUUUUAAAUGUUAAAA